GCCCGGGCGGGGCCGGGACUGUCGGCUAGUUCCUAGGCGGUCGGUGGUGGUGAAGGCGACGGCGACCGUGGCGGCGACAUGGAGAGCGGGGCCUACGGCGCGGCCAAAGCGGGCGGUUCCUUCGACUUGCGGCGCUUCCUCACGCAGCCGCAGGUGGUGGCGCGCGCUGUAUGCAUGGUCUUUGCUCUGAUAGUGUUCUCCUGCAUCUUCGGUGAGGGCUACAGCAACACGCACGAAUCCGAUCAGAGGUACUGUGUGUUCAACCACAACGAGGACGCCUGCCGCUACGGCAGCGCCAUCGGGGUGCUGGCCUUCCUGGCUUGUGCCUUCUUCUUCGUGGUCGACCUCUAUUUCCCCCAGCUCAGCAAUGCCACCGACCGCAAGUACCUGGUCGUCGGCGACCUGCUGUUCUCAGCUCUCUGGACCUUCCUGUGGUUUGUUGGUUUCUGCUUCCUUACCAACCAGUGGGUGGCCACCAAGCCUGCCGACGUGCUGGUGGGAGCCGACUCAGCCCGUGCGGCCAUCACCUUCAGCUUCUUCUCCAUCUUCUCUUGGGGUCUGCUGGCCGUCUUGGACUACCAGCGCUACAAGGCUGGGGUAGAUGACUUCCUGCAGAACUACGUGGACCCCACCCCAGACCCCGGCACUCCCUAUGCCUCCUACCCUGGCCCAUCUGUGGACAACUACCAGCAGCCGCCUUUCACCCAGAACGCAGAGGCCACUGAGGGCUACCAGCCGCCUGUUGUGUACUGAGCUGUAGCCGGGGAUGGUAAGGGGCGCAGGGGGGCGCCCGGGGGCCAGCCCUCCAUCCUGGACUCCGCCCACCAGGCCAGCCUCCUGAAGCUGCUGGCCCCUGGCCCCGCCUGGUGCCUGACCCUCCGCACACAGCCUGGCCUGCAGCCCCGCUGCCCCUCCAGGGCGUCUUUAAGAAAAGGGUUUUUAGCUAGUUUGUCAUUGUUUCUCAUGGUCCGAAGCCCCGCCUGACAGCUGGAAGUGCCUGACAAGCUGUUCUCACAAGUGCCUUAGUUUCUCCCAAACGGAUCAGGAGCAGGGCCCAGGUCCAGGCCACCAUGCCCUGUGACUUGGGCUUCUCUGCCAAAGACGAGGCUGGGGUCCCCCCCUUGCUCUGUCACUGGGGUGGGGCUGGGUCUCCUUUCUCCUCACUCAGGUCUGUUGCCUAGCCCAGCUGCCCGUACCCCAAAGCAGGUGGCCUGCUUUGCUGUUGCCUCCUGGACCUGGGGUCACUGCCCUGUGCCCCUGCCACCAGGCCUUCUUCCUGACACCCAUGGGGUGGGGGCUGGUGCCCACCCAGGGGACACAGGGCAGCACCUGGGGCCCUAUGCCCUCCCGUCCACCCUGCAGCAGGGAGGGUCUUUGCCUGACCACACCCAGCUUUAUGUAAAUACUCUCCCAUUGUUCCUUAGGGGGUGUGGGUGUACCCAUGACCCCACAGCCCCCUCAGGCUGUUCAUAGACUAUUUGGAGAUGGAAUAAAUGUUUUUCUCAGUCAUGA